AUACAGUGUCUCUCCGUGCAAGUUCGUAUUAUAUAUAGUGCAGAGGAAACUGCUGAGCGCAUCACAAGAAAAUGUCUUACUUCGCGAGAGUAGGGGAAAUUCGUCCUGCACAUGCGCCUGUAGAUGAAACACCUCCGGAGAUUGAACGUCUUAUUCAGCUGUGGCGCAGCAGUUGCCCUACCAAUGGAGGAGAAAUAGAAAUCAACGAUGCCGACUUGGUAAGAAUUCCAAAGAUAGGCGAAAGCGGCAGCAUCUACAAGGGCAAAAGGUGCUACACCAUUUAUCGAGUGCCACCUGAAAUCUAUGUAUGCGAUGCAAAUGCCUACCAGCCGAAAGCUGUAUGCAUCGGCCCCUUCUUCUACGAUCAGAGAAAAGAUUCACGUCUGAAAUCCAUGCAAGAUUACAAGUAUGUAUGCGUGGACAAAUUAAUUUCCGGGCACGAUCGGGAAGUUUUGGUCGACAAGUGCCUGUGGAAGAUGAAGGAAUUGGAGGGACGCGUUCGGAGCAGAUAUUCGGAGACGUUUCCAUCAAUAAAACCCGAUAAAUUCGCACAGAUGCUGAUGCUGGACGGCUGCUUCCUCCUCUAUCUCCUGCUAAGGCGUGCUCCUGGGGAAGCAGCAGUCUCUGACGACGACGACGACGAUGCAUGGCAACUUGUCGGCAGAUUGUGGAUCUGGAACCUAGUGAAGUAUGAUCUCCUGUUGCUUCAAAACCAGAUCCCGUUCUUCGUCAUCCGGCACUUGUAUGACUUACUUAGGCCCGGCGACAACAAUAUCAAUCUUGUGGACUGUGCGAUCAAUUUGUUCAGCACUCUUGAUCCCUGCAGAAAACUGGAGCAAACUAGAUUCUUUAUUCGAGUGGAAGAGGUCCAUCAUUUGCUCCAUUUGAUUUACUUAUCUAUCCUCCCAUGCCCACAGUAUUGCGAGACAUACCGCGAGCAACAAUCCCCACAAUGGAUCCCUAGUGCGACAGAGCUCCAAGGAGCUGGAAUCAAGUUUAAGAAGAGGAAGAAGACAGGAGGCUUCUUGAGCUUCUUGGACAUAAGGUUCUACAGAAGGUUCUACGGUGGAGUGAUCGAAAUCCCCCAACUAAAGGUACAUGAUUACAGUGUCAGCUUGUUUCGAAACCUUAUUGCCUUUGAACAGUGUUAUCCGGACACUCAGCAGUGCAUAGCAGCUUAUGCUGCCUUCAUGAAUCUCCUCAUCAGCACCAAAAGAGAUAUGAGGUUGCUACAUCUGAAUGAAAUUCUCAUCAACGACAUGACCGUCGACAAAGAUGCAGCAAAUUUUUUUGGCCGCCUCUGCAAUGAAGUUCACUAUGCGCAUGAUAGAAACUACCUUAGAGGAUUAUUUCGUGAAGUGACUACGUAUUAUGAUUCCAUAUGGCAUAAGUGGCGUGCACAACUUCACCAGAAUUAUUUCAGCAAUCCAUGGUCGAUCAUUUCGGUGAUUGCCGGUGCUCUCUUGCUUUCACUCUCUCUCAUCCAAACCAUUGUUACUGGCCUCUCCCGUUAAUUCUGCAAGGAUGCUUCAGCAUUAAUGUUUUAAGUUGUUCUUCUGUUGUUUUAUGCUGUAAUAAGCAUGGUGUGAUGCGUCGUCUGUGAUUCUCUCAUCGCUUAAUGUGUAUGAUGUGGUUAUGUUGUAUGCUGCGCGUGGCCAAUUUAUUGUGUUUCUCCUUCACUUUGUCGGUCUUGGAUUCCCUGGUCAAAUGUUCCCGUGGGAGAAUUACAGAGACAAUAAAAUUUCAAGUUUUUGUUUUUGUUGUGGAAGAGCUUUGUAAUCUUAAAUUCCAUCAUUCAAGAAUUUGUGCUUGUACGUACUUUUCUCCAAA